UUUAUCUAAUACGGCAUGAUUCCCACGUUUAGCACAUUAUUUUUGGCGAAGCAAGGACACUCAUGGGAUGUUGGACAACGUGUUUCAACUUCGGACACCUGAAAGCCCACUCCAAGGUGUCUUUUUACUUUACCAUGAUCCUAAUAUUCACUUACUUAUUUUACUGCCUCACUGGAUACUGCGAUUCCAUGCCGAGUCCACUGUACGUCCAUCAAAGCUUUAAAAGCAAACUUUAUUCAAUGAAAGGGAAUAAACUUCAGCCGGACGCGCACUUGAACAUCUCCAUCGUCCGCGAACUCCCCGCGUCCGACGCGAAGGACUUGGAAGAUGAGAAACUGCAAAGAGGUUUAGAUUAUAACACGUACAACAAUCUUUCUGUAUCAAACAACUUUGGGACCAAAGAAUUUCCUCAGACGAUUAUUAUCGGCGUGAAGAAGGGGGGAACGCGAGCGCUUCUGGAGUUCCUGCGCGUCCAUCCAGAUGUGAGAGCUGUGGGCGCAGAGCCGCACUUCUUCGACAGGCUCUAUGAAAAUGGUCUUCAAUGGUACAGGAACCUAAUGCCUCGAACCUUAGAAGGCCAGAUCACCAUAGAGAAGACCCCCAGCUACUUCAUCACACAUGAAGCCCCGCACCGUGUCUUUUCCAUGAGUCGUGCCACCAAACUCAUCGUGGUGGUCCGCGACCCCGUGACCCGGGCCGUAUCAGACUACACUCAGACUCUGACUAAAAACCCUGGUCUGCCAACUUUUCAGAACCUUGUCUUCAAGAACUCCAGCACUGGUCUGAUUGACACUUCCUGGAGCGCUGUUAGGAUCGGAAUCUAUGCAAAACACCUAGAGAACUGGCUCAGGUAUUUCCCGCUCUCCCAGUUUCUUUUCGUGAGCGGAGAGAAGCUCGUCACAGACCCUGCAGGAGAAAUGGGCCGGGUGCAGGACUUUUUGGGUCUUAAACGGGUGGUAACCAACAAGCACUUCUACUUCAACCAGACAAAAGGCUUCCCUUGCCUGAAAAAGCCAGAAGGGAGUAACAGACCACGAUGCUUGGGGAAAUCUAAAGGAAGACCUCAUCCACACAUACCAUCGGAGGUGCUCCAGAGACUCAGGGAAUUCUACAAACCUUUUAACCUGAAGUUCUACCAGAUGACAGGACAAGACUUUGGCUGGGACUGAAGACUUCAAGGACAUUUCAUCAUAAUACAGUGGUUUCAACACUAGAAUUGGGAUUUGUUUUGAGUGUAUUAGCAAACUUUAUUCAGAACCACAGAAAAUUAUUUAAAGGGGUCAUAUGGCAUUUUUGGAAUACGUGUUUUUUUGUGUCUUUGGUUUGUUAUCAGUUGCCCAAGCAUGUAUUAGACACUUAAAAUUCCAAAAAUUAGUUUGAGAACAAAAGAUGCGUUCUAUCUUAAAGCGAACAGACCUCCCUGAAACGCCUCCCUAAAAUUACUUUGGAACCUGAUGUUCCACAUAUGGUAUUUCCAUCAGACAAAAGUUUUUCUUGCAGUGUUCGACCAAUCACUACACACUGGUUAACUGUCCAAUCAUACCACACCCUGCUUUUCAGAGCGAUUAGCUUUGUAAAAAUCUGUGUGUUACAGAGAAGUGGGGCAAAGAGGAAAUACAAACAUGAAAGCAAACACUUCAUAUUCUUCACAGUAUACUGAAAUAUAGAUCAAACCAUAUUAAAGUUAUUAAAGUUGAUCAGUCAGUUGCAGUGAGUCUGUUUUGUCUUCGUUUUUGUUUUUUGAUGAUACUUAAAACAGAUAUAUUAAUCAUGCUGCUGUCCCUUUAAGAGCUAG